AUGUCUUUGCGUUUCCACCCGCUGCCCGCCCUGCCCCGCGCCCUCCGCCCCCGCUGCGGGGAGCUGCUGUGCCUGCUGGUGGUCGCGGUGACCGUGAGCCCGGGCGCCGCCGGGCUGUGCCCCGCCGCCUGCAUCUGUGCCACCGACAUCGUGAGCUGCACCAACAAGAACCUGUCCAAGGUGCCCGGGAGCCUGUUCCGAUGGAUUAAGAGGCUGGAUCUGAGUUACAACAGGAUCGGGCUUCUGGAUCCGGAGUGGAUGCCAGCGCCCUUUGGGAAGCUCAACACCCUCAUCAUUCGCCACAACAACAUCACCAACAUCUCUGCGGGCAGCUUUUCCACCACGCCGAAUCUGAAGUGUCUUGACCUUUCCUCCAACAAGCUGAAGGCCGUGGAAAGCGCGGUGUUCCAGGAGCUGAAGGUCCUGGAAGUGCUCCUGCUUUACAACAAUCACAUUUCCUCUCUCGACCCGUCGGCGUUUGGAGGGCUCUUCCAGCUGCAGAAACUCUACUUAAGCGGAAACUUCCUCACGCGGUUUCCCAUGGAUUUGUACGUGGGCAGGUUCAGGCUGGCAGAACUGACGUUUCUGGAUGUGUCCUACAACCGGAUCCCCUUCCUGCCCACAAACCGUAUAAGUUUAGUGCCAGAGAAGCAGCUGAGAGGCAUCCACCUUCACGGAAACCCGUUCUUCUGCGACUGCUCCCUGCACUCGCUGCUGAUGUUUUGGUACCGCAGGCACUUCAGCUCGGUGAUGGAUUUCAAGAAUGGCUACACCUGUCGCCUGUGGUCCGACUCCAGGCACUCCCACCAGGUACUGCUGCUCCAGGAUGGCCUUCUGAAUUGCUCCGACAGCAUCGUCAAUGGCUCCUUCCGUGCCCUUGGCUUUAUUUACGAAGCUCAGGUCGGGGAGAGGCUGGUGGUUCACUGUGACAGCAAGACUGCUGGUUCCAAGACGGAUUUCAAGUGGGUGAGCCCGGACAACACGCUGCUGGAGCCGGACAAAGAGAUGAAAAACUUUCGCGUGUUUCACAAUGGAACCCUGGUGAUCGAAAGCCCUCGUUUUGAGGAUGCUGGGGUGUAUUCUUGUAUCGCAAUGAACAGGCAACGCCUGUUGAACGAAACUGUGGAUGUCACCAUCAACGUGAGCAACCUCACCAUCAACAGGUCCCACGCCCACGAGGCGUUCAACACAGCUUUCACCACGCUUGCGGCCUGCGUGGCCAGCAUCGUUCUGGUCCUUUUGUACCUCUACCUGACGCCGUGUCCCUGCAGGUGCAGAGCCAAGAGACAGAAAAAUGCACUAAACCAAAGCAAUGCCCACUCCUCUGUUCUGGGUCCCGGCCUGGAGGGCGAUGUCCCAGCGGACGGACGGAAGGCAGGUGCCGGGAAAAGAGUGGUGUUUUUGGAACCCCUGAAGGAUACGGCCGCGGGGCAGAAUGGGAAGGUCAGGUUCUUCCCCAGUGAAACUGUUAUAGCUGAGGGCAUCUUAAAGUCCUCCAGGGUGAAAUCCGACUCAGAUUCGGUCAAUUCAGUGUUUUCAGACACACCCUUUGUGGCGUCCACUUAA